CACAAUGCAAUGCCGGAAGUCAUAAGGUGCCAUAUUGAAGGUGGAUUUCUGGUUGAAAACCACAUCGCGUUAUUUUGUGUUAUUCCUAAAUAGUUUUGUUUAAUUCAUUUGAUUUCGGCAUAGGGAGAAAGAAAACUCAGGUUUCAAGAUGCCGCGAAUUAUGAUCAAAGGCGGCGUGUGGCGAAACACCGAGGAUGAAAUCCUUAAGGCGGCGGUUAUGAAAUAUGGCAAAAACCAGUGGUCUCGAAUUGCCUCCCUACUGCACAGAAAGUCUGCUAAACAGUGCAAAGCCCGAUGGUAUGAGUGGCUGGACCCCAGCAUUAAGAAGACGGAAUGGUCUCGGGAGGAGGAGGAGAAGCUGCUCCACCUGGCCAAGCUGAUGCCCACGCAGUGGAGGACCAUCGCCCCCAUCAUCGGCCGGACUGCUGCCCAGUGCCUGGAGCACUACGAGUUCCUGCUAGACAAAGCUGCUCAGAGAGACAAUGAGGAGGACACGGCAGACGACCCUCGCAAACUCAAACCGGGAGAGAUUGACCCCAACCCUGAGACCAAACCUGCUCGGCCUGACCCUGUGGACAUGGACGAAGAUGAGCUCGAGAUGCUGUCAGAGGCCAGGGCUCGUCUGGCCAACACGCAGGGCAAGAAGGCCAAGCGGAAAGCCAGAGAGAAGCAGCUGGAAGAAGCCAGGCGUCUGGCCGCCCUGCAGAAGCGGCGUGAGCUGAGGGCCGCCGGCAUCGACGUUCAGAAGAAGAGGAAGAAGAAGCGGGGCGUGGACUACAACGCUGAGAUCCCCUUCGAGAAGAAGCCUGCGCUGGGCUUCUACGACACCUCCAUGGAGAACUACCAGUCCCUGGAGCCCAACUUCAAACGGCUGCGUCAGCAACACCUGGACGGGGAGCUGAGGAACGAGAAGGAGGAGAGGGACCGGAAGAAGGAUCGACAGAAGAUGAAGAGGAGGAAGGAGUCUGACCUCCCCUCAGCCAUCCUGCAGACCAGCGGAGUCUCCGAGUUCACCAAGAAGAGGAGCAAGCUGGUCCUGCCUGCCCCACAGAUCUCAGAUGCUGAGCUGGAGGAGGUGGUGAAGUUGGGCCAGGCCAGCGAGAUCGCCCGUCAGACCGCCGAGGAGUCUGGGAUCACCAACUCUGCUUCCAGCGCCCUGCUCUCCGAGUACAACGUGACCAACAGCAGCAUGGCCCUGCGCACCCCCAAAACCCCCGCCGCCCAGGACAAGAUUCUACAGGAAGCCCAGAAUCUGAUGGCUCUGACCAACGUAGACACGCCGUUGAAAGGCGGUCUGAACACCCCUCUCCACGAGAGCGAUUUCUCCGGGGUCACCCCGCAGAGACAGGUGGUGCAGACCCCCAACACAGUGCUGACUACACCCUUCAGGACCCCCAGUCAAGGGUCUGAGGGCCUGACCCCCCAGGGCGGGCUGACCCCAAAGCCUGCCGUGGGCGUGACCCCCGGCCGGACCCCCCUCAGGGACAAGCUCAACAUCAACGCCGAGGAGGGGAUGGUGGACUACUCUGACCCCGCCUAUGCCAAACACCUGCAACGGGAGUCCCGCGAGCAGCUGAAGAUGGGCCUCAUGACGCUGCCAAUGCCGAAGAACGACUUCGAGAUCGUGCUGCCCGAGAACGCCGAGAGGGAGAUGGAGGAGCGCGAGACGGACGAGAGCUUCGUGGAGGACGCCUCCGAGAUACAGCUGCGCAAACAGGCUGCCAGAGAUGCAGAACGUGAGAAGGAGCUGAAGCAGAGGCACGUGGCAGUGCAGAGGGCUUUGCCCCGCCCCUCAGAGGUGAACGAGACCAUCCUGAGGCCGCAGAACGUGGAGCCUCCCCUGACGGACCUGCAGCAGGCCGAGGAGCUGAUUAAGAGGGAGAUGAUCACCAUGAUCCACUACGACAGCCUCCACCACCCCUACACUGAGCCCCUCUCCAAGAAGACCAAGGGCCCCGGCUCUGCCUCCAACAAUGCCGAGCACAUCGCCUACCUGGACAAAAUCGCCUACGAGAAGGUCACAGAGGAGGAGCUGAGGAAGUCAGAUGAGCUGCUGGCGCAGGAGAUGGAGGUGGUGAAGCACGGGAUGGGGCACGGAGACCUCUCCAUGGAGGCCUACAGCCAGGUGUGGGAGGAGUGCUACAGCCAGGUGCUGUACCUGCCCGGACAGAGCCGCUACACCCGUGCUAACCUGGCCAGCAAGAAGGACCGCAUCGAGUCUCUGGAGAAGAAGCUGGAGGUGAACCGCGGUCACAUGACGGCGGAGGCCAAGCGGGCGGCGAAGAUGGAGAAGAAGAUGAAGGUGCUCCUGGGCGGGUACCAGUCACGGGCCAUGGGCCUGGUCAAGCAGCUGGGCGACCUGUGGGACCAGCUGGAGCAGGCCCAGGUGGAGCUGCGCACCUUCCAGGAGCUGAAGAAGCAGGAGGACACCGCCAUCCCACGCCGCAAGGAGGCCCUCAGAGAAGAUGUGCAGAGACAGCAGGAGAGGGAGAAGGAGCUACAGCAGCGGUUCGCAGACCUGCUCCUGGACAAAGAGACCUUGAGUUCGUCCAAGGCUUAAAGCCCCACCCCACCCUUCCUACCCCCAUAGCCGUAUCCCUUCAAUGUGUGCGCCGGCUGUAAUAAAUUGCUUCAAAGCUGUUAUUUGUAGCUUCUGCUUCCGACCCAUUGCUCAAUAGGCCUUCAAGAUGAUAGAAGUAACAUAGAGCCAGUCCCGUUUAUUUCAUAUGGUAGCGUAGGCUGUUUGCUGCAUUGUUAAAAUGCAUACCGAUGUUCUCAUGACUAUCUGUGGAUGACAUGGCGUAUAACGUGUUGUCAUUUUACACAUCUGUACUGAUUGUAAUAAACAGUUUAACGCCUUUUUUUUAUUAUGGAAUUUUGCAUUGUUCUUCCUGCCAUUCUAGCAAGUGAAUGUGUGUUCAUCUCGGAUGUGGAUUCUUUUCCAUGAUUACGCGUUUCUUUUACACAAAGCAGCUUAUGAAAUGACCCAGUCCCCACCGUCUGCACAGCUUGGUAAAACUUUCAAACGCUUCCAUAAUUUGUGCCCUCUGUGUGGGUUUUCUUGACCGCUGGACAAACAUAAUUGUGUAAAUGGGGCUAUCCCUUUUUAAUCAAAUGUUUUUUUUGUUUUGUUUUUUCCUUCUGCUCUCAAGUCUGUUGUGUGGUACUGACUGAGAAAAGAGAUUACGUUGUCUCUGUACGGGAUGAAUAAAUUCACUAUUUCCAA